ACAUUCUAUAACUAUCCCAAGCUUUCUCAGUAGGCAGGCAGUGUGUGGUAUCUCGUCCCCCACUAAUGGCGCGACAUUCUUCUUCUAUUGUCACGCUUAAACCGCUUAUACUUUUGUUUUUGUUUCGGUUUUCUAUUUCAGAGAUCAUUUUUGAAGAGCGUUUCGAAGACGGAUGGCAAAGUCGUUGGGUAAAAUCUGACUGGAAAAAAAGUGAAGGAAAAGCAGGAUCGUUUAAGCACACACCUGGAAAGUGGUCUGGAGAUCCUGAUGAUAAAGGUAUUCAGACGUCUGGUGAUGCUAAACAUUUUGCAAUAUCCGCAAAGAUCCCUGAGUUUACAAAUAAAAACAGGACAUUGGUCAUCCAGUAUUCCAUAAGGUUUGAGCAGGACAUUGAAUGCGGUGGCGGUUACAUGAAGCUUCUCUCCGGAUUUGUCAAUCAAAAGAAAUUUGGAGGGGACACACCAUAUAGCUUAAUGUUUGGGCCAGAUAUCUGUGGCACACAAACAAAGAAGCUCCAUGUUAUACUUUCUUACCAGGGCCAGAAUUACCCUAUUAAGAAGGAAUUGGAAUGUGAAACAGACAAGUUGACUCAUUUCUACACAUUCAUUCUUAGGCCAGAUGCAAGUUAUAGUAUCCUCAUAGAUAAUCGUGAAAGGGAUUCUGGAAGCAUGUAUACGGACUGGGAUAUUCUUCCUCCCCGUAAAAUCAAAGAUCUCAAAGCUACAAAGCCUGCGGACUGGGAUGAUAGAGAAUACAUUGAAGAUCCCAGUGCCACGAAACCUGAGGGUUAUGAUUCGAUUCCAAAAGAAAUUCCUGAUCCUAAAGCUAAAGAGCCUGAUGAUUGGGAUGAAGAAGAGGAUGGUAUUUGGAAAGCACCAAAGGUACCGAAUCCAAAAUACAAAGGACCAUGGAAACCUAAGAAAAUCAAGAAUCCUAAUUAUAAAGGGAAAUGGAAGAUUCCUUAUAUUGACAAUCCAGAGUUUGAAGAUGAUCCUGAUCUGUAUGUGCUCAAGCCAAUCAAAUAUGUGGGCAUUGAAGUUUGGCAGGUGAAGGCUGGUUCAGUUUUCGACAAUGUAUUGAUCUGUGAUGAUCCAGAGUAUGCAAAACAAGUGGUAGAUGAAGUGUUUGCCAACCGGGAGGUGGAAAAAGAGGCAUUUGAAGAAGCAGAGAAAGUGAGAAAGGCACGAGAGGAAGAGGAAGCUCAAAGAGCUAGAGAGGAAGGAGAGAGAAGAAGAAGAGAGAGGGGUUAUGAUAGACGAUACAGGGAUCGCUAUCGAGACAAAUACAGAAGGCAUCCACGUGAUAUUGAUGAGUUUCAUGAUGAGCUCUGAAGGGUGUUGUUGCUGGCUCCCUGCCCCCCCUUUGUGCGGUGUUACUUGCCUUUCAUUUCUGCUGUCGUCGCUACAUAAGCUGAAUCAAGUCAACAUAGUUUACCUAAGUCUAGCCUUUUUUGCACUAAAUUAUUUGUAUAAUUUUCUCAACUCAUUCCGCUUGGGAAUAAACCCUACGAGUUUAUAAUAAUACGCUAGUUCUCUUUA